AUGUAUGAAGAUUUCAGGCAUUCCCUCAGAAGUAAUAAGAACGGACUCCAUUUUCUAUUUAAGGAAAGUCGAUCGUUCGUCUUCAAGAUUUCGUAUUCUCAGAAUUUCUCAACGAGACUGCGACUUUUUUAUUCAAUAAGAAUGGUGUUGUGCUCGGCUUUUGGUUGCAAAAAUCGCAGUGAGAAUAAAGUGCCAGGAAUAACCUUUCACAGGUUUCCUCUUAAAGAUCCAACAAAAAAUGGUAUCUGGCUGAAGAAUAUGCAUCUAGCUGACUGGUUUCCCACAAAAAAUAGUAGGAUCUGUUCAAAGCAUUUUGAAACCCAUGCUUUUUACAAAGUUGGAAACAGAACCUCUCUUUUGGAUGAUGCAGUCCCUACAAUCUUCGAAGAACUUCCAAAACACCUACAGACUAAGGUAACAAAGAGACCACAUCCAAGAUCUAGACAGCUUAUUACACCUACAGCUUCGAUAUCUAGGAAAAAUGAUCCUCCCCAAGAAGAUCCAGACACCCCCAGAAAGAAGCAUCUUAGAAGACAGCUUUUUGCAGAAAGGGUAAAGAGCCAAGAGAAAUCGAGAGAAAUAAAAGUUUUGAACCAGCGGGUGAGAAGACUGAAAAGACAUAUUGUUUCUCUCAAACAAGUACUGAAAGCCUCAAAACAAAAUAAUUUGGUGUCUUCUGAAAGCUCAGUUCUGCUUGAAAACAUGCCAGAAGUUACGAAAGAAUUACAAAAGCGUAAGUUGGGAAAAAAGCAUCAGUAUUCUCCAGAACUGCGAAAGUUUGCAAUUACUUUGUGUUUUUUCUCCCCAAGAGGAUAUGAUUAUGUACGAAAUGCUUUUGAAUCCUGUUUACCCCAUAGAAGCACUAUAGGAAAAUGGUUUAAGACCAUUAAUGCUGAACCAGGUUUCUCUAGUGAGGCAAUUAAUGUUUUGAAGAAAAAUGUAGAAUAUUCGGAUAAGCCUGUAUGUACUAUUAAGCCUCAUUAUAGAUGA